AGAAAGCUGGGCCGUAUCACGUGUGCAUCACGUGGAGACAGACUUACAUGACAGCUGGAGCUAGGGUCAGAGAGAAAAAAACGCAGAAAGCGCGGGAAGUAUCAAUAUCGAAAGUCAGAUUUCAGGUCUGGUGGUCAAUCUCGACGUUGGUUGAAAGAUACGCGAAUUGAAUUGAUGAUUGAAUAAGUUCCAGAGCCGCGCCGUCCUCGAUGAUUUUAGCGUUUGCCGGGAAAGAGUUUCACCGUUCCGGCGCAAGUCUUCAAAGCCCUCCAGAAACUCUUCUGCAGUUUCGUACGGCGUUCAUAGAAUCAACAUGGCGGACAAACUUCGUGCCCAGCAGCAGCUCGAGGCUCUGCAAGCUCGAUACGUUGGAACUGGGCAUGCCGAUACGACUAAAUUCGAAUGGACAAGUAACAUCCAGCGAGACAGCUAUGCCAGUUAUGUUGGACAUCCACCUCUAUUGAGCUACAUGGCUAUUGGUAUGGGAGAGUGCAAGGAGAAGGUGCGGGCUCAAAUGAUUGAGAAAAUGAUACAACCUGUUGGGAAGCCGCCGGAGGUUCAGGACUGAAAAGACAUGGGACAGUCGGUAGCUGCAUUUAUUUCAGAUCGUGGGGAAGCAGGACCAAAUCUGAUGCUUGCUGAGACUUGAGUCCGUCAUGAAGGACCUUUCCGUAGAGCAUACCGAUUAGUUGCAGCAGCAUUUGGCAGCAGAAAGCGAGCUGCGAAGGUGCCACAGAAUACCAACAAUUCAAUCACCAUGAAGCCACAAAAAUUUGGUACAAAUCGAGUUGCAU